CCCGGUGAAGGUCCUGCUGCUGCUCUUCCUGGCCGACAAGGACCCCGCCACCUCCCGCAGCUGGUGCCCCGAUUGCAAUGUAGCAGAGCCUGUCAUCUACGAGAAACUGGAGGCUUCGGAGAGCGACGUGGCGCUCCUGAGAGCGUACGUUGGCGAUCGGCCCACGUGGAGGAAUCCCAGCCAUCCGUGGCGAGUAGACCCUCGGUUCAAGCUCACCGGUGUUCCGACGCUGAUAAGGUGGGAGAAUGAGGCCAUCGCUGGGCGCCUUGAAGACCAUGAAGCUCAUGUUGCCGACAAGAUUGAUGCCCUCCUUGCUAUCAAUUGAUCUUUUAUAUAUAUAUAUAUAUAUAUAUAUAUAUAUAUAUAUAUAUAUAUAUAUAUAUAUAUAUAUAUAUACAUAUAUAUUAUAAUUCUGAACAAGUAACUCGCAUUAUUAUGUUUCAAGAAUAAUAUUCGUUCUCUAUGAAACUUCUACCGAUAGUACGAGCACCCGUUAUGCUUUGAAUAAAAGAAAAGAUAUGGCUUCUUACGGUAGGCAUCUUACCUAUCUACCUUGCUCUUGGAUCUUCAGUGCAAAAAAUGCCUUGUGUGUUCCUGUUA